AAGAAAUUAAAAUAUUAAAUAUUUUUCUGAAAUGUAUCCAGCAAAUUUUGGUUUAUGAUUCAUCAGUUUUAUUCAACUCUAUCCCAUAUCGUAAUUGAAAUGUAUAGAGCUCAAUGGUACCUUCUAUUUAUGAGUUUUGCUAUUAUAGGAUAUUCAAGACGGAAACCUGAAACCACUCACUUUGCAUUUCUCCGCCUUCCGCCUGCAGAAUUUCCACUCCAGUUGGGAUAGACCUCAAUGAUCAGUUCAUAUCCAUUACAAGUGUAUUUGUAUCUUGUAUAAGUUUGUUUUGUGAACAUGACAAUGUAACGGGAAUGAUCGAAGGACAAGAACCCGAAUGGAUAGAAAUUACUUAGGAACGAAGAAACAGGACUUUCAGUUUCCUUUGGGCGUUCGUGAGUACAACAUCGCAAGUGUAACGGUCCCGCGUGGUUGGUAAGAGCGUGAAAGUUUCGUCUCUUGAGCGCCCAGUCUCCGUAUAUGAAAGUUAAUCGACGCCAAAAGAAGACACGGGGACGAGCGUACACAGGGUGCACCGUGUAAUACGUGAACAUUGAGCAGCGGGCUAUCGCGACGUGAAAGUAACCAAGUGUAAGUGGCGGAAUGCGGAGUGCUAGGCGCUACCUCGUGUACGUUGAUCCAUGGUGCUAGCGACAGUAUCAAGAAAACAAAGAAAUAUGAUGAAACAUUAAUAAGACGGAAUUAGAGAAUGAAAGCGCGCGGCUUUAAGCCCGCGGUUGAUGAUUGUAAAGGAGCAUGCAGCGGUGGCUUCUGGCUCUAGACGAACCUGCAUCUAACCCGUGCGGUAACUCUAUCAUCAACCACGAACCAUCGGGUGCCGCAACCGCAACGGCCUUGGCAGGUGGCAAUCAAACCAAUCCCGAUAGUGAGGCUACCAAGUUUUCUUCACAUCUCCCGAACGAACGAUGUACCUGCAACCCUGAUUGUCUCUAUGCCGUACCCCGAAUUGAUUUACAGGAAGCAGAAUGGCUGGAAGCAGACUCUUUGGAGACUGAUAUUCCAAAAUUCGUAACCAGUUCAUCGACGACUACGACAACUAUAACGCGAAACAAUCCAAGAAGAUGUUAUCGAACUUCGACGAGUUCCGGUUACUCCAGCCAUUCCCCACCGUUAUCGGCUGGUUCGUAUUCUUGUUAUGCAUCGGCAGUCCCGGGUCAGAAUUUUUUCCGAGGUGUACCACUGACGAUGAAAGAUCAGUUCAACGGAGGUCUCGCUGUAAUUCAUGAAAGCGAGAUAAUACCGCGACCCAUUUGGCCAACUACGCUUCCGAAUUCACGCGAACUUUAUCAUUCGGAUGAAAACCCCGAAUACGAUAGUUUAUACGCGUGUUGUGGAUGCGGUUGUGCGUAUACUUAUUCGUACUGCGAUUGGGAUUACGAAAAAUCCGCGAGUACGUCAGCGCAUGAUGUUCUUAUUGAAUUAUCUCGAACACUGAAUUCUGUGAUAGAAGGUAAAAAUGCUAUGACACCAGAAGAGAUCUUAGACAAUAUUUCGCACAAAGUUGCCCAAGGAAUCGGUUUAAAAGGAAGCCUGUACGAGUAUGUUUAUCAUAAUUCCUCUUUCUUAUCGAACAAGCGAUCGUUAUUAAGCGACAAGACUCCAUGUCUAUUAAAUUGCAACAAAAAUUCAUCGUCCCAAAUCAAUCCAGUAAACUCGAAACUCUACAACACGCGACAGUUUUAUCUGCACAAUCCAUGGUAUGCCUGCUUAUGCGCUUGCGAGCAUACGCAUAAAUAUUUAUCGUCUCCAAAAAGUAACGAACACACCGACACGAGCGAAGACUUGGAAAAAAAGAGGAACCCACCUAGCUCACGUUUGGUGAAUGAUCCUUAUCAACGAAUGAAUCCGGAGUCAAUCUUGCAAAACGAUGAAAAUGCCUCCCGAUUACCUAUUUGCAAAUGUCCCGAUCGUUCUGUUUCUCGUGAUAAGAAAACGCAAAAUGUAUACGAAAAUCAUCGUAUCAUUAGUGACGUAAAGGAAACUAAUAUCGAUGACAGAUCUAAGACGAAUCGGAAUAAAAUUGGGCAUAACGGACCGGACUAUGUUAUGCAGUUGGAGUGUCCUGAUGGUGAUUCGUUCAACAACGGUAUUAUCUUCUCGUCCAGCAAAAAUGAUUGGGAUUAUCGUAUGCAAGGAUUCGCGGCAGACUUAGAUUUCACGCUAGACGUCUCGCGAGCUGAACGCUUGGGUCGUGCGAUCGCAAAAGCGAAACGAAAACGACAAUGGUGCAGAACUCUAACUGCGUUCUUCGGACUAGUCUUCUUCGUUUUAAGUGUCGUCAUUGUAUCAUUGUCUGUGACAAGAGGCCGUAAAGUGUUCGGAAGCAUGUAAAAACGGUAAAGAAACGACAUCAUAGCAAAAAUGACUGACGCUUAUUUAAUGUAUUUUUUCGUACCUUAUAUAUCGCUAGGUAAAAUUAACAGGAUUCAAAUCCUGUUGGCAAUAUAUGGCUGUGACCAUGUUCUUACAUAUUAUGUAUGUAUAUUAUUAUUAUAAGCAAUGCGUAUACCCAAAUAAAACGGUGUUACGUUUUAAUAAGCGAAAUGAAUGAUAAAACAUGAAAUCUGUCAAAGAUUUUAAAUAAAGGAAAUGAAUAUUUUAUCUUUACAA